UAGAACAAAAGAAAAAAGAAGACUUUACUACAUCUGACUUUGGUCGGUUGCCCGGCCCAUUGUCAGCUAUCAUCUCAGAAACCCUAACUAUCUUCCACUCCUCUGAACCUCGUCUCCGUACUCAUGGCGAGGAAGCGAAAACUAGAGUCUAGAUCCAACGAUCCUAACCAACCUCCCAAAAAGCACCAACAACAACAGGUCAUUGAGGAGCCAAAGUAUCCUGAGGAAGAAGAGUACGAAGAAGUUGAAGAAGUGUACGAAGAAGUUGAAGAAGAAGAGGAGGAAGAGGAGGAGGAAGAAGAGGAGGAGGAAGACGACGAUGAGGCUGAUGAGGAAGAAGACGACGAGCAGGAAGGUGCUAUUAAAUCAAGCCCCGCCGCCAAUCAUGUUAAGCGGAAGGUUGAGUCGACGUCCGCGUCAGGUAGGGCCGGUGAUGAUGAUGAUGCGGAGGAGGAGCAGAUUCAGAAGCUUCUAGAACCGUUCAGCAAAGAACAUCUUGUGAAUCUGCUAUGCGAAGCAGCGGACAAGCACCCGGACGUGGCGGAUCGGAUUCGGAAGGUCGCUGAUGAGGACCCGGUCCACCGUAAGAUCUUCGUCCACGGUCUUGGUUGGGACACCAACGCAGAGACCUUGAAGAACGCAUUUAUACAAUACGGCGAGAUCGAGGAAUGCAAGGCUGUCUGUGAUAAAGUCUCAGGUAAGUCCAAAGGGUAUGGCUUUAUUGUCUUUAAGAAACGGGGUGGGGCGCGUAGGGCACUGAAGGUGCCUCAGAAGAAGAUUGGUAAUCGGGUGACGGCAUGCCAGCUUGCUUCAAUUGGCCCAGCUCCAGCCCCUGGUGCUGGGGUUUCGGCAGCAGUCCAGUCGGCGCAGCUGCAGACGCCGGCUUCUGAGUACACGCAAAGAAAGAUUUAUGUGAGCAAUGUUGGGGCGGAGCUGGAUCCACAGAAGCUGCUUACAUUCUUUUCCAAGUAUGGAGAGAUUGAGGACGGGCCAUUGGGGAUCGAUAAGCAUACAGGGAAGCCUAAAGGGUUUUGCUUGUUCGUGUAUAAGACGGUGGAGGGUGCGAAGAGGGCUCUUGAAGAGCCACACAAGAAUUUUGAAGGCAACAUUUUGCAUUGCCAGAAGGCAAUUGAUGGUCCUAAGCCGGGCAAGUCCCAACAACACAAUCACCAUCACCAUAACCAUAGCCAAAACCCAAACCAACAUGGUGCUCAGUUCCAGAGAAAUGAAAAUACGGGGUUUGUUGGUGGGACUGCAGCGGGGACGGGGCACUUGAUUGCCCCAGGUGGAACUGGGCUUGGAUUCAACCAGGGAGCUGCGGCGGCUCAGGCAUUGAACCCCACACUUGGGCAAGCGCUGACUGCGUUGCUGGCAAGUCAGGGUGCUGGUUUGGGGUUGACUAACUUGUUUGGGACGUUGGGGGCCAGUGCCGCUGUGACCCCAGGAAUAGCAGGAGCAGGUCAUGGAAUGCAGGGUGCUUAUGGGAAUCAAGCUAAUAUGAGUCCUGGUAUGAUUGGAGGAUAUGGGAAUCAAGGGGGAAUGCCGGGUGGAUACCCGAACCAGCAGAUAGGGCAGGGGGGCCCUGGGAGAGGGCAGCACGGCGGUCAAUAUGGUGGUGCUUCAACAUACAUGGGGAACUAGGCGAGCCAGAUCCCUCAUAGGUGCAUCAGUCUUUUUGUACUGGUAUGCUGAAUCUUCUGAAGUUUAAGGAGCUGAUGGUUAUUGCAAAGAGCAGAAUCUUAAAAAUCUUAAAUGAAAAUUCUAUUUUCAUCAUUUCAUUUUCCUCCUCUCCUUAAAAAAUAAUUGUAGUUUUCUCUUGUUUAAAAGCUGAACCAUUUCAGUACUUUCAAUUUGUGUACUCUUUAAGUUAUUGAGCUUGAACAAAAAAUGCUUUUAAAAAAUUUCAAUGUCGUGUUUUAAAUAAGUUUUAUAUGAGAUUUGUUUUCUUUGGUAA